AUGGAUGACUUUCCUGAACCAGCAAGCCAAGAGGAUGUACGGGUGCUUAUAUGGUCCAUGUGGGAAGGAUCAAGCUUGCUACGUGAAGCUCUUAAAGUCGCAAAGAAACAAUUAGAGGAGCUUCAGAAAAAGUGUGACAAGGUUAAUGAUAACGCCGAUGACGAUAAGGAUGAUGAUGAGAAUGACAUUGAGAAUGACGAUGAAGAGGAUGAUCAAAUGCAAAUUAAAAUGGCCAAAAGAACAAAGAAAAAACAAGAUCCACCAAAGGAUAUUGCUUCACCAAAGAAGGCUGCUGCAAAUAAAAAAGUUACUGCAGCAAAGAAAACUCUUGCACCCAAGAAAUCUCCUGCAGCCAAAAAGAGUCCUACAUCCAAGAAAGUUCCUGCAAAUACAAAGCAAUCUCCAAUUAAAGGUGCUAAGCUUCAAAGGAUUUCAAAAAAGCAAAUAUUGAUAAAGAGAAGAAUUAAGGAACUAGAAGCAUCAAAAGGAACAAAGAAAAGGGUAAAAUCUGAAUUGAAAGAUAGCAAUUAUGAACCAGAAGAAGAUCAGAAUGAGAACUCUGAUGGUUCAUCAGAAGAAGACAGAAAAAAGGGACAAGGUCAUUUAAAGAAGAAAUUGAAGCUUGACAAUUCUGAACAUGAUGUAGAUGAAUUUAUUGAUAUUAAUGAUGAUAAUGAUGGUAAUCUAGAAAUCAAGAAAACACACUACAGACCCAAUGCAGUUGUUGAUUUGAUCAAGGAUUUUAGUGAGCAGCACAAAAAAGAUGUCAAAAAGUGGAAGAAGAAGCUAGGAAUUCUAGAAGAUGAUGAGAUAAUUGUGAAUAAUUUGGAGACCAAAUUAAAGACACUAAAGGAAGGAGGGGAGGAUUUUAAAAGAUUUUUUGUGAUGUAUGUUUGCAGCACAUUCUUAGCCCAUGUUGCAAACAGAGUGAUUGAUUACAAGAUAAUCAAUUAUGUAGACAAUGUGAAAGAAAUACAUAACCUAGAUUGGUGUGGUUAUGUGAUGAAUAAUCUGUGCAAAUCAGUGAGGAGCUUCAAGAACAACAAAAACAAAGAUUCAAGAUCAGGAAUCAGUGGAUGUGUCUUGAUUAUUCAACUUGUCUACUUUUAUCAUUUAGCAUUCAGAGGUCAGCCUGAACCUAUAACACUACCAUUGAUCCAACAUUGGACAGAUGAAAAAGUCAAAGAAAGAAUUGCAAAAAAGGCAAAGGCAUCUUUUGGACAAGGAGAACUUCAAAAAAAUGACUAUCUAGUUUGUAGAAAAAAGGGAAAGGAAGCAUUCUUGGGAGAUGUAAUUGAGAAUGCUUAUAGAAAUUUUUCUGAUAGAGAGAAAAGAUUGGUGUCAUUCAACCUACCAGAAGAUGUGAUGACAAAUAGUGACAUGAAGCUGCAAAAGAUGUGA